GGUCUGUCUGGUGCAUUUGAGGAUCCUUGCUGGGAGGGACUUGGGGCCAAGCCCUGCAUUUUCAUCAAGCAAGACAUUCUCCAUGGUAUCCACAAAUUCUUUUGGGAUCACCCAACUGAUUGGCUCAAAAACUUACUUGGGGUUGAGGAAAUCGAUCAUCAUUUCAUUGUGCAACCACCAAUCUCCACUAACCGUUUUGCGGGGGGUAUCUCGAUAAUCUCCCAAGUGACCAGGCGGGAACAUCGUGCUUUCCAACAGGCAAUCCUCUCUAUAAUUAUUGGCCACGAUCAUGUAGAUAACAAGGUCAUCAAUGCAAUAUCGUCUCUAUUGGACUUCAGUUACCUGGCUCAGUAUCCAUCGCUCUCGGCAUCCGAAAUACACAAGAUGGAGGAAGCGCUAACUACAUUCCAUGGAAACAAGCAGGUGUUUGUCGAUAAUGGCUUGCAAGACCCACCCCAUUUUCGAAUACCAAAAUUACACGGACUUCAGCAUUUCAUCAGCGAUAUUACAAUGGGUGGGACACCAAACAAUUCUUCCACUGAAACCCUGGAGUCAUUGCAUAUCGAGAUGUGCAAAGAACCUUACCUCACAUCGAACUGCUGUGGAUAUGACAAGCAAAUACUGAACUAUCUUGAUGUGCAAGAUCGCCUGGCUAUGCGUUAUGCAUAU